CCUGAAAUCACCAUGGAGUCGCAUUCUGAGGAGCAACACACAAGCGGCCAUGACCACCACAGGCGCAAAGCUUCCAACUCGGAACUUAUGUCCAGUGCCAAGGUGGUGGCUGAGGCUGCCAAAUACGGCCUCCAUCAGGAGAUGAACAAGAUUGACAAAGGAAAAGUCGCCGGCGCCGCUGCUGAUCUGAUUGAUGCCGCCUCCUAUUACGGCAAACUAGAAGAAGAAAAGGGAUUGGGAAAGUAUAUGGAGAAGGGCGAGCAGUACCUUCAUCAGUACCACUCCACCCAUUCCUCCACCACUACCCAUUCAACAGCAACGCCAACCCACACCACUUCCACCACCACCACCACUACUUCACACUCACAUUCAAGUGGGAGCGGUGGUGGGUAUGAGGAUUACAUCAACAUGGCUCAGGGUUUCUUCAAGAAGCACUGAUUUCU